AUGUCUCAGGACGAGCAACCCGGCAUGGAGCGCGCGUCGCCUGGAGCCGCCAAUGACAAUGGCGGUAGCUCCCCCGAUGCCGAGCCCGCCAUGGUGGUCACCCGCACACGCCGCUCCAAUGCGGGCAACUGGAUGCGGAAGCUGCUCGAGCAGGAGGAGCGCCCUGAAGAGCUGCCCGACGCGCAGGACUUCUACAACAAUGAGCAUUGGGCCGAGGAUGCCGACGAUGAGGAGUUCGGCGGCGAAGAAGCCGUCGCGCCCGAAGACGUAGCCUUGGAGUCCUCGGGUGACGAGGACGAGGACGAAGGCGAGCAGGAUGCCGACGAUACUGGCGAGAAGGACUUGCGCAAAGAGGAGCGCCAGCAGAAGCUGAUACAGAAACGCAAACGAAAAGAUCCCUUCGCGCAGGCUGCUGCCCUGCGCCAGAAGAAGGCGAAGACGACGGCCCAGUCCACCCCAAACGAAUCGAUGCCUCCGCCUCCACGCCCAAAGAAGAAAUCCGAGCGCGUUUCCUGGCUACCCGAGGCCACCGAGGGGCCUGUUCGAUCCUCGUCGCGACGCCUCACGGUUCAGAACAAGCAGACUCUCGCACAAGGGCUGGAGGAGAAGGAGCGCCAUCGCUUGCAUGUCCUCGAGGUCAUGAAAAAGGCGGAGAGGCGAAAAGAGAAGGAUCUACCCAAGCCCAUGACACAAGAGGAACGGCUCAGGGAGGCGACAAGGGUCGAGAAGCGUAACAACAAGACGCUAAGCCGGUGGGAAGAGUCAGAAAGACUGAAGGCCGAGGAAAACAAGGCUCGCUUGGAGGCUCUGAAAAACCGGAAACUAGACGGGCCUUUCGUCCGCUACUACAGCGGUCCGUCUCUAUGGGUCAAUGACAAGCUCAAGCAAGUGGGAAAAGACAGCUGCAAGAUCGAGGCGCUUGACGAUGAGCCCUCUCCAGCAAACGAUGCCGCUGGCACAGCCAUUGCUCCCGAAGCAACCGUUGCUGAUGCUCUGUCUAAUGGCUCGACCGAACAGGAUGGACAACUGGAAAGUGGUGCAUCACAAAUGCAAUCUGCGGUGGAUGUCAAACCUGAAGCGCCCGCAGGUAACCCUGAACAGAUCGAGAAAGCCGAAUUGCCUGGUGGUAGCUUGGAGCAAACUCAGAGCUUGCCAAGCAAAGUCGAACAGCCCUCGCAACUCCAGCCGAACGAGCCCCAAAGCUCCGGGCUGGAGGCAUCUCAAACAGCGCCGGAAGAAACGCAACAAAUCCGGUCGCAGCAAGGUCCAUUGCAACCCGCGGCAGUCCAACCAUCAGAGGCCAACCCUUCUCAGCCCCACCUUUCUCAAACACAACUGUUUGAAACCCCGCCAUCCAAUGCCACCACUUCGCCAACACAGAUACGACCUGGGCAAGGCCACAGCAUUAUGUUUGCGCCGCCACAGUCAGCGGGGGGUUUCCUCGACGGUAUCUUUGACUGGGCGGCCAUGGACGCCCAUCAGACGAAUGGUACUUCCGCCCAGCGCCCACCUUCCGUGCACUCUCAACUGCCUCCGGAGCCCACUGCUUCUGUGUCAGCCAGAGAAACCAAUACAGAAUCAGAGCCUAUCAAAACCGACGACCCCGCGAACCCGCUCCAGCAGGCUGAAUCAGCUCCGCCCGCCCCGCCAGCACCGCGGGUUAUUUUGCGAGCAGUCCGUAAUCUAAUAACCCUCCAAAAUUUCGACUCGCUUCGCCCAAGAGACAAGGAUGCACUCUCUCGCGCCCUUUUCAAAUGGCCAGCCGGCAUGCCCAUCGCUCUCCCCACACGCCCGCCCCCUGGCCGUGGUGCUCGAAACGCCCAUCUGCCUCAUCGCGAGCUUUGCUGCAUUACGGCUCAACCCGCUCGUUACCGCGACCCCCUCACCGGACUGCCAUAUGCGGAUGCCUUCGCUUUCAGAAGCAUCCGCAGGUUUGUCAGCGGUCUUGGAGGAGGACUGGGCACUGCGAGAUGGAGCAAUCUCCUGGGCUGUUUUGUUGGUCCACGGACCGAAGGGAGGUUCGCUGUGGCGAAAGGUGUACCCGAAAGGUUCACGGGUAAGAAGAAGGAGGUUGAACCCGAAAAGGCCGCUGACGCGGCGCAAGAAGAACAGCCGAACGACCAUGAUGUUAAGAUGGAGGGGACCUAA